AUGGCAGCUCAUGACGUCCUCUCGUCGCCCAAGAUUGCAUCAGCAGUGCUCGGGCAUCUCUCCCCAGGGCCGUUGACCAAGGAUAGCGAUAACGCGAUGGGUUUGCUUACCGUGAAGCAGCGCCGCGAGAAUCAAGCCGCACUGGCCCAGCUGGCGACCGUAUGCCGUGCGGUCUCAAGUCUCGCUCUCGACGUACUGUGGCGAUACAUCGACGACUUCCACCAUGUCCUGUUUGCUCUCCGACCCUAUGACAAGAAAAACCACAUGUUUGUAGCCGACUUCACGGAUACGGACUGGGCACGUUUCCAAGAGUACGCGCUGCGCGUGCGCGAACUGCACGUCGGAAAGCUCGAGCGUUUCCCCGCGAUGGUGUGGGUCCUAUUGACACGGUGGUGUCCUCGGGACCCUCUCUUGCCUCGCCUCGAGCGUCUAACCGGAUUCGAAAUCAACACAUCGAGCGUGUGCUGCACUACUCUGUUUUCGGCAUCCAUGAAGAGUCUUAAUCUAAAGGUGUACUUCCCGGCCGAAGAUAACGCCGUCCGGAUGACGAUUCAAGCUGCGCAGCCAGCGCUCGGUUCCGUCACUCACCUCACCAUCGAGGACAUGCCCGCUGCAGCCGUGGGCAAGGAACAAGCCAUUCCGUUUUGGAAUUUGACUCAGCUGCACACUCUGCAUGUAGUGCACAAGACGGUGCUCACUAUUCCGAUUCUGCAAUCACUUGCCUCGUUUACCCGACUUCGGACACUUCAAUUGCACAUCAACAGGAUGCCGGAGAUACACCAACCCGUGGCCAACACGGGUUUCCUCAGUCUCCGCGACCUCACACUUUCUGGACGUCUUGGCGAUAUCUGCGCGUUCAUAGCCGCCACCGCACGACCCAACAUCGAGUCUCUUACGAUUGACGCGUCCGAGCUGUGCGUUUCCGAACAGUCUCGCGACGAACCCCAUACGCAAUCUGGUCACUCUACGGUUCGCAGUCUCGAGCCCAUCUACGCGAAGCUCACACCUUCCCUCCGCCACUUCCGCGCCACGCUUCGCUGCACUUGUUCAUCCAAAUACCACUUCCCAGACAGCAACAAGCUUCUGGCGCCAUUGCGUACCCUCUCCAGCCUCCGGAAUAUCGCGUUUGAAUUUGAGGGCAUGAAGUUCCACCUUGCCGAUGCCAGUAUCGUGGCGCUUCAGGAUGCGUGGCCCGACCUCGUUCAAUUCGACAUCGCGACAAAACAGCCCAAGCCCAAGAAGCCUGAUCCGUAUCGGAUGCCUCAGUCUAUCAUUGUCAGUACCGUUGAGGUACACUCCGACGGCUCAUACUAUCGGGAGCCAGCUCGACCGCAAGUCCCCAAAAACACGCACGACCACCCCACUGUCAAAACGCUCGCCCUAUUCGCCCAGGCGCACCCGCACCUCACGACGUUGGGCAUGCCGUCGGUCGAUCUCGACGCGCUCCCAGCGCUUGAUUCGGUGCUCCUCCUCGACCACGGGCUACAACAUCUGCGCAUCUACACGCUCGACGGCGGCGUCGCGCUGUUCCCGUAUGCGUGCGCGCUCGACAUGCUCUUCCCGCGCCUCGACCUCGCCGAUGCCGCACGCGCGGUCAUAACAGACAAUGGCAGUCGGAGUACCGAGCUCCAGCUGCUCCUCCUGGGGCUGCAGGCCGGGCGCGUGGGCACCUAUCGUAUGCGUGCUGAACAGACGCGCGCAUCCUCGGGGCCCGGAAGUUCACUUGAGAUCCAACUCAUACCCCAGGGCAGGUACCCAGAGCCGACCCAGAAUACACGCAGGGAGCCGAUCUAUCCGUACUCUCCCUCCCCUCGGACAUCGCCCUCGCUGAGCGCGAGGAGUAGUCCCAACGCGUAUGAGGGACCGGCACCGACUGUCAUCGUUCCAUCGAUAUCGCUGGGUCCGGGUCGUUACUAG